AUGGCCGGCGCUGUAAGUGAUUCUUGCUUGGAAUUGACUAAUGAUGUUCAAUGGCUAACCACAGUGGUUACCGCUCCAGAUCGCUUCCGCUAUCUACCAGCAUGUCUCCCCUCCCCGGAUCACCCGACGACGGUCUCGUUGACUAUCUCUUCGGACUCACUAACUUGUGAUCUUUCUACGGUAUCUAGGGGCCUGAUCCGCAGGAACGCUGUUUACCUCACGGCCAUCUUCUCCAGUGCCUUCGCUUUCGAGAUUGCCUAUGACUCGGGCUCCAACCGUAUCUGGGACGCCAUGAACCGCGGCCGUCAAUGGAAGGACAUCAAGCACCAGUACAUGGUCAAGGAUGAGGAGGAUGACGAGUAAAGAAAAAGCAGUAAUUGAUGGAUCCAGCCUGGGGAAAGUCGUUGGUCCCAUGUUAUAAUACAGCCGAGCACUGGAGAGACAUUGGUAUAUGCUGCGUGUGCCUUGUAUGAAAUAGAAUCUUUAACACUGUAUUCACCUUGGAAUU